UGUGAACACUGCGAACCUCGCCACCUUGCUGGAGCUAUGCUGGCCGCUAGACGUCUUCGCGUGCUUCGCCAGCCUCUUCUCCAGACCCGAUGGAUGAGUGCGCUAGUGGAGGAAGCGGCCUCUCCGAUCCUCACGCCCGCCGCGCGUAAACUGGCCUUCACGGAAGAGCUGAAGCAGGCGCGCAAGCGGGCACUUGAAGGAGGCGGUGCUGAGCGUGUGGCCAAGCAGCACGAAAAAGGCAAGCUCACGGCUCGCGAGCGCAUCGAGCUGCUACUGGACACGGGCACUUUUCGCGAGUAUGACAUGCUUAAGUCUCACCGUUGCUCGGACUUCGGCAUGGAAAAGCAACAAUACCCCGGCGACGGUGUUGUCACUGGUCGAGGACUCAUCAAUGGCCGCCUCACCUUCGUCUUCAGCCAGGAUUUCACCGUCUUUGGUGGAAGUUUGUCCGAGACGUACGCAGAGAAGAUCGUUAAGAUCAUGCAGAAGGCCAUGCAGCUGGGAGCGCCCGUGAUUGGACUCAAUGACUCGGGCGGUGCACGGAUCCAAGAAGGAGUAGCGUCUCUGGCUGGCUAUGCUGACAUCUUCCAGCUGAAUGUACUGGCGUCUGGUGUUAUCCCUCAGCUUACGAUGGUCAUGGGACCUUGUGCUGGUGGUGCAGUGUACUCGCCUGCUAUGACCGACUACAUCUUCAUGUGCCGCGACUCGUCGUACAUGUUUGUGACUGGCCCGGAUGUGGUGAAGACUGUGACCAACGAAGAGGUGACGCAGGAAGAACUGGGUGGCGCUGCUACGCACACCAAGACUUCUGGUGUGGCACACUGUGCGUUUGACAACGAUGUGGAAGCUAUUCGCGAGAUGCGUCGCUUCUUUGACUUUUUGCCGCUUAAUAACAAGGAGAAGCCGCCAGUGCGCAAGUCGGACGACGACCGCAACCGCCCCGUGCCCACGCUCGAGAGUAUUGUGCCACCGGACCCGAACGUGCCGUACAACAUGAAGGAUAUUAUCCAUCAGAUCGUGGACUCGUUCGACUUUUUCGAGAUCAUGCCCGACUACGCCAAGAAUAUCAUUGUUGGAUUCGGUCGCAUGGAGGGCCGUGUGGUGGGUAUCCUCGCGAACCAGCCCAUGGAGCUCGCUGGCUGCUUGGAUAUUAAUUCAUCUGUCAAGGGUGCACGCUUCGUGCGCUUCUGCGAUGCUUUCAACAUUCCCAUUGUGACGCUCGUGGAUGUUCCUGGCUUCCUGCCUGGCACGGACCAGGAAUAUGGUGGAAUCAUUCGUCACGGCGCUAAGUUGUUGUAUGCAUAUGCCGAGGCGACGGUGCCCAAGAUUACAAUCAUUACGCGCAAGGCUUAUGGUGGAGCCUAUGACGUAAUGAGCUCCAAGCACCUCCGCGGUGACAUCAACUACGCGUGGCCGUCGGCUGAGAUCGCCGUGAUGGGAGCCAAGGGAGCGGUGGAAAUCAUUUUCCGCGGCCAGAAUGUGGAGGAGAACACUGCCGAUUACGAGAAGAAGUUCGCCAACCCCAUGGUACGCUUGAUUAUGUUUGUCGCUGCCCAACGUGGAUUCGUGGACGACAUCAUCGAGCCUGUGAGCACUCGUCGUCAUAUUUGCGAGGAUCUAGAUGUGCUGGAAACCAAGGACGUCAAGAACCCAUGGAAGAAGCACGGCAACAUUCCGCUGUAGGUUCAAGCACCGCUAUACACUCAUCCGUCUACAGGUCGCCUCAAACCCUAUAAUCCGUUUCAAUUCA